AUGAAGCAAUCCAUCCGAUGGGCCGUGGUAGCCAUGGGGUUCUUGCCCUUGCUGGCGGGCAAGAAGGCACACUCCAGCGGUGUGGUCACAGCCAAGGUCGGUAAACAGCUCAUCCAAACAGAUCAUGCGAACGCGAGCAUCGGCAAUGCCUCUCUCCAGAACACAUCGGUGAAUCUGAUGAAGAAGGAGGCUAUCGUUGGGUUCGAGGGCACGACGGGACCGCUUGGAUUUGAGAUGAUCUUGGGUGGCAGCACGGCUUGUCGGGGGAGCUCCCCCACAGACAUCGAAAGCACCUAUUACACGAUUGCCACGACAAACCUCGAUGGCUGCAGGACCCGAUGCCAGCGGGAUGUCACAUGCACCGGCAUCGGACAGCCCAACGCGAAUACGUGCGGCAAUUGGAAGGUCCCGAUCGAGGCCACCACUUUCGGUCACGGGGACAUUUGCUACGUGGCUCACCGGCGAGUUCUUGGUCAAUCGAGUUUCGCCUCCAGAAUUGCUACUGGUUACCUGGUCUUCACGCACAUGGACUGGGGAAACGUGAACACGGAGUUCUUCACGGAUCUGGCCUCGGCUACAGCGCGCUUCGCCGAGCUCGAUGGUGGGGCGAAGGCUGCGGGCAUGUACGAGGCCGACUUCACCGAGCUGAAGUUCUAUGGGAGUCAGAAAGAUGCCAUCGUCAAAGACUUUUACAAGACCUUCACUUCGACGAAGCUGUUGCCAGAAGCGAAGGCGGGUUCAUCACCCGUCGAGGGCUUCAACGGCAUGCUGGGCAACAAGCUCAGCACGCUGCUGCAUGGUGGAAAAGUGGCCUGGGAGCAGACAGGACUUGCGGCUGCCACCUUCUUCGGAAGGGGCCUGGCAGGUAUGGCAAACGGUGCCAGCCCCUUCCUCGGGCCCGUGGCAAGCAUCUCCUCCACCCUCUUGGACAAUUUGAUGAGCAAGAGCCAGGAAAACGACUACAUUUUCCAGACCAGCCCGUUCUUGCUCAAGACUGUGAAAGAGAUGGUUGGGAUGAAAGACGUGGAGGGGGGACCCCUUGGAUCCAUCAAUGGCCGAGUGGCCGCGGCCCUCAAGGGCUUCUCGAGCAAGUUGGGCUUGGCCUCGUCGGUGGCCCCAGUCGGCGGCAACGUGCGGCUUUCUCAAAGCAUGCUCCUGGAGGCUGAGGCGACCGAACUCCAGGCACGCUUGCUCGAAAAAUGCUACUCUGCCGCCUACAGCUGUUACUCAGCUGAGGGCCAGGGAGAUCACAUGAAGAGCCAGGCCAACAGCAUUGCUUGGUCUAGCUGCGAUCGCAUCCAGGAAGAGUGCAAGACGAACAUGAACGCCGGCAUCGCCUUUGUCUUGCAAGAAGUUGCUGCCUCACACUUCGCCACCAUCGCAGAUCUCUUGAGCUUGAUGCCGCAGGGCUCGAUUACAGACGAGGUGCUGGUUGACACGUUCAACGCUGUCGGAUGCCCCAACCCAGCACCCGACACGACCAAUUGGAAAGACACCUUGGAUGCUGUGCCGGACAACGCAAAGGUGUUGCAAGAGAUGUUCAACCUCUGUGAGCAGACAGCUCUGGGCACUGCCAGCGAGGAGGACAAGAAGCAAUGCUGUGUGACCUCAUGCACACCUGUGUGUGUGAAACAGACCGGUUUUUUCUAUCGCGGCCAAGCUGCUGUGGAGAGCCUCUUGCACAAGCUCAAGAAGAUUCGUGGUGAGUACCGGUCGGCGUUAACACGGGCCAGGUACCAUCACCUGGCCAAACGUAUCUCGCAAGUCGCAUGCGGGGCCGACCGAAAGUGCAGGGAAAUUGAUGGGGUAAGCGAGUUCACCACGCUCCCAGACUCCAUCUCCAACACGGAUGGCGUGAGCAUGCUUGGGCAUCCGAACGUUCGCAUCUUCAAGAAGGGCCUCACCCAACAGGUCUUGACGAAGCUGCAGAAGGGUGACAAUCUCGUGAACGAUCGAGUUGCAGCUUAA